AAAGCUUUGGCUGCGGCGGCCGGAAGUGACGUAGGGCGCUUCCGGUCCGGGGCUGUCACGGCCCCUCCGCCCCCUUGGUGCUGCCCACGCGUGGCGCGUGCCCACGCGUGGCGCGAGCCGCGGCCAACCGAUGCCCCCAUGCAAGGAGAAGAUGAAAGGCAUCAGGAAGCAUCCUCCCGCAGAGUGCCUCUACCUCAGCUUCUCCCACCAGUCCGAGGGCUGCGUCUUCCCACUGCACACAGCCGUGAGCUUGUUCCUCUUGGCCUACUGUGACUGCAAAGUCUUUAAGGUUUACUUGGUUCUCACCGAAGACAGUGAGGACCUUUCACGGCCCAAAAGUCCCCUGGCCCAGGGUGUUCAAACCCAUGUCAUCUCACGGCACGAGCUGCCCCCCAUAGUCCAGAACUGCCGUUUGCCUGCAGUGGUGGAAAAACCUGACAAUUUCUGUAGAGCUGGACUUGCUGUUGUGCUAAGACACAUAAUCCAAACGUCCUACGACAUGGACCCCUCAAGGAAGGAGAUCCUGGAGCUUCUGGGCUUCAAGAAGACCUGCCUGAAAGCAUGUGCUGAAGUCAGCCAGUGGACGCGACUCUGUGAGCUCACCGUCCCCCUGGCCAUUGAGAGUUUCCUGCAGGGGUCCCCACAGCCCCUGAGCAUCCCCACCGAGCUGCAGCAGCUGGAGCGGAAGCUGAGGGAGCCAGUGCGGGUGCACAACGACGACAAGCUGCGGCGGCAGAAGCUGAAGCAGCAGCAGGCCGAGGGCCCCUGUCCCGCCCAGCCCCAGCACCCCGGCGCGGCCCCCAACCUGGAGCUGCAGGUGGCCUUCUCCAAGCUGGGGGUGCAGGAGGAGCCGGCCGCUGCCAGGAGGGAGCCGCCCCACGUCCGCAAGGCCCGGGCCUCGGAGCUGCCCCCGCUGGAGCACGUGUUCGCCGAGGGCCUGUACUUCACUCUGGCCGACAUCGUGCUCCUGCCUUGUGUCCACCUCUUCCUGGUCACCAUCUGUAAGAAGCUUUCUGAGAAGCUGGUGGAAUUCCCACUGCUGACUGCAUGGUACCAGCGGGUUCAGGAGGUGCCACGCGUGAAAACAGCAGCUUCUCAGUGCGGGAUCCAUUUCCUCCACUUGCCGGAGUCGCUGUCCUCUGCACAGGAGCAGCACCCCGAGUUUGUGGAGACCCUGGGUGCAGAGGAACCAGAGGAGCAAAGUGAGCCUCCGUUUAUAGGCGGGCCGAGACCAACGAUGACAAAGUUAAGGGAAAAAGGCAUUGAAGUGAUGUUUGCUCCGCACCCUUGCCCCACGUGGACCCUUGAUUGGGAUUCUCUUCCUGCCGCCGCGAGCCCAAAGGAAGAAGAAAUUCGAAUGGCAAAAAAGGCACGUGAGAAAAUGCUCUACAUCACUAAUCAUCAGAGAGAUGCAGAUUAAAACCACAAGAGAUAUCGUUUCACACCACAGAGACUGGCCCACAUCCACAAGAACAAAAGCAACAGGUGCUGGCGCGGCUGUGGUGAGAAAGGGACCCUCCUUCACUGCUGGUGGGAAUGCAGGCUGGUCCAACCCUUUUGGAAAACAGUAUGGACGAUUCUCAAAAAAUUAGAAUUCGAUCUCCCAUUUGACCCAGCUAUAGCACUCCUGGGAAUAUAUCCCAGAGAGGCAAAAAGGUAUAGUCGAAGUGACAUCUGCAAUUGUUUGUUCAUUGCAGCACUCUUUACAAUAGCCAGAAUCUGGAAAAAACCUGAGUGUCCGAGAACAGAUGACUGGUUAAAGAAACUUUGGUACAUUUACACAAUGGAGUACUAUGUAGCUGUUAGAAAAGAUGAAGUUAUGAAAUUUACAUACAAGUGGUACUACAUGGAAAGUAUCAUGUUAAGCGAAAUGAGUCAGAAAGAGCGGGAUAGACACAGAAAGAUUGCAUUCAUCUGGGGAACAUAAAGCAACAAAGCGGGAGACUAACACCCAGGAAUGGCUCAGAUCAGUACCAGGAAUUUUGCUCCAUGACUUGAAGGCCAGCCACAUGUGCUAGGUGAAAAGGAAGCUCAGAUAGAGAAGAGAACACCAAAUAAAGGGUGUUGUGAAGACCCUCCCAGGGUGGGAGAGACAUGCUAAAAGUAGUCUAUAGACCAAACAUGAUUGCCACUCAAUGCCUCUCUGGCAAAACACAGUACCCAAAAGAAGAGAGAGAGAAUA